GUCCUCCACGUCUGUCUAUAUUAUCAAAAUUCAACUGCCAAAACACUGGUUUCUCUGUUCUCUUUGCUUCUCUCUCUUUGGACUUUACGUGUCUGCUGUCGGGGUUGUCUGGCCAUGGAGGUACCGUUUCCCAGCUAUCUCGAUAAAUUUGUUGAAGUGUUCCCAACAGCUUUCAAGGCAACUAGUGUUAACUAUGUUGAGGACUCUCAAAAUGUAACAGAAUUUAUUGAAAAGCUUUUUAGUCGUUUAUCCGUCCUACUUUUUCACAUUGACAAACAGAUGAACAAAGUACUUAUGCAAGGGAUCUAUUUACCUAAGAAACUAAGCCAAUGGGCAAAGGAGACAAGAGCAUUGAAAUGUCAUGUGAGUGAUCUCUUGCAACAGCAGCAGAACAGAAAUGGUAACCCACCAAAAUUGGACGAUUUGAGAGAAGUGCGUGUCAAAAUGAUCAAUCACUUAAAGAAAUGUCCCUCCAAGGAUGAAUAUAUGUAUGAUAAACCAACCCCCUUCAUUAUAUUGACACAUGAAUCAGGAUUAGAUAAAUCAGGAACAAUGUCGGAGCUGAAAUACAAGACUGAACAGAAGUUUUACUCAUAUUCAGAAGGUAAGAAGAUGGAACUUACACAGGAAAAAAACGAACAAACUGUGCAUCCUUCAAAAGGUGAGGAUGUCUUACAAGACCAAGAUGCUGGGAUGAUAUUUUCUUCUGCAGAGAAAGGCUUGCUAGCAGCUGAUUUAAAGGAGAGAAAUGAUUCUGUCACUGUUGUGGAGAAACUAGGAAGUGAACUUAUGCCCACUUCAGAAAGUAUACAGGGUGGUGAAAUCCUCAUGGAAGGAUCUCAUGAUGUGGAUGAUCAAGUGAUUUAUGCAAUCCAUCCAGACUCGACUUCUACAUCUGUUUCAAAAGCCCCAAGUGAAAUUAGAGAAGAGGGUGUAAAUUUCAGGGACACGGAAACAAAGAUGUCUAGCACUAUGAGUGGUUUUCAUUCACAGCAAGAAAGUAGUAGAUUGUCUAUGGUGAUUCAGGAAGUGCAUGAGAUGCCCCUGACAGGAGCAGAGAAUUUACCUGAAGAGCAAAUAAAAUCUAUUUCCAGUUCUUCUAAGGCUGAAAGUAGCAAAGAAAAUAUUCCAAGCCCCAUAUCUAAUAUAUAUAAUGAGAAUACUUCUGAAUUCACUGGCGAGAUGUCCGAAUUUGCGGACAUGAAAUCAAAGAUGUUGCACCCCUCCUCUUCACAAGAAAUACUGAAGGAAGAUUAUUCUAUCAUUUUGGAGGGCAGUCAUAUAAAACUUAAACUGGAUGAGCAUACUAUCUUGAUUGGGGAUCAUCCAUCAUCAGGACCACUUGAAAGAUCCCAGGUUACUUGUGUGAGAAACUUGUUGGAGCAAGAUUUACGUGAGCUAGCUGAGACACCAGGCUACUCGAAUUCUUUGCUUUUGUUCCUCCAAAGAAACAGAAACUUAACUCUUGUUCAUUCCUCAUUUUUUAACAGCAUGCCUGACCUUCAUUUUCUGGACUUAUCUGAUACUAGAAUCAGGACCUUGCCCAGUUCACUUUUCAAGCUUUCAGAACUUAAGGUGAUCAUGUUGAGAAACUGUGUUUCUCUUGAUAACCUUCCAACUGAUAUUGGAAAUCUCAACCAUUUGGAAGUGCUUGAUCUUUCAGGCACUGAACUUUACUACCUUCCAGAUGAAAUAGGUAAACUUAAAGGCUUAAAGCAUCUUCAUCUAUCAUUUUAUGGACCUGAUGAUGAAAGUGAAUAUGCCCAUUUGCCAUUGAAACUGAUCUCUCCCGGUGUGUUAUCACACCUUGAGGCACUACAAGCACUGGGCAUUGUCGUGCACCCUGAGGAUCACAGAUGGAGAAAAAGUGCUGCAGACAUAAUGAAUGAUAUUGCUGGGUUGGAGAUGUUGACUUAUCUUCAAUUUUAUUUUCCAGAAGUAGAAAUUUUUCAAGACUUUAUUCGAAAAAGCUCCUGUUGGAAGGGCCACAUAUUGAGGAAGUUCAAGUUUAUUGUCGGCCAUAAUGUGAAGCGAAUUGUAUCACGAGUCCCAGAAGAAGUGGAAUCAGCAUUCGAUCAAGGAGGUCGGUGCUUGAGAUUUGUGAAUGGUGAUCAUGUGCCCAAAGUGAUUGAAGGUGUACUUUUGCAUGUUAGGGCAUUCUACUUGGAUCAUCAUAGUAAAAUCCAAAGCUUGUCAGAAUUUGACAUUUCUAAUUUCAAGGCAUUACAGUUUUGUGUUUUGAGAGAGUGUCCCAAACUUAAGAUGAUUUUGGAUGAUAAAGCAACUGAAGGUGAAUUUCCGUCUCUAGAACAUUUGGGAGUCUACUAUUUGUGGGAACUGGAAUGUAUUUGGAAGUUACCUUCACCUCCGCAAAGCUUGCAGGCGCUCAAAUAUCUAACAGUUAGCACCUGCCCGAAGCUGCGUUUUAUACUUUGGGAAUCUAUGCUUCAGUGUCUUUGCAACUUGGAGAAACUUGUUGUGGACGAUUGUGAAUCUGUCGAAAAAAUAAUUAAAGAGGAAAAAGAGACAGCCAAUUAUGGUGCUACUGUUCUUCCUAGAUUAAGAAAAGUGGUACUUCGCUACUUACCUGAGUUGGUUAGUCUUGGAAAUGGCCUGUGUAUUUCAGAAGAAAACAUCAGUUCUUAUGGUUGUCCUAAGUUAGUAUUGAAUUCUCAGCCAAAAGAAAAACCAAGAGUAAAGCAUAGAAAGUUUCUGAGUGCUUUGAGGUUUCGAUGUUAUUGAAUUACCGUUCACAAGGACAAGUCCAUUCAUAUCUGAAGUCCAUGGAAGGAUACAAUCAGAAAUACAUGACAUUCACUUAGCUGCAUUUCAGGAAUUGUGGGGUGGGCAUCAGUCUUGUAAAAUCCUUCAGCAAUCAGUGUGUUGUAUUUGUAAAUUGUAAAUAUGUUCGUUUCUUAGUUUUCUGCCAGUACAGUUUAACUUGAACUAUAUUGCUCAAGGAGAAAAGAGUGUAAUUAUCUGAAAAUGCAGUUUUACAAUUAACACCACAUUAAGAAGUA